AUGAAUGAUUCAAAUAGCAGCAAUGAUAGUUGCAACACCGAAAAUAAUACCUUGACAGCCACUAAAAAUAGCAUCAACAACACAACUACAACCACAACCACACCUAAUAACAAUGUUAAUUGUUUAAAAACCAGUGGUAGUAUUAAACUAUCAGCUUCAUCAGUACCAUUUAUACCAGGCUCAUCAGCAUCAUUGCCAUCUAUUUUAUCAAAUCAAUAUAAAUUAGCGGCAUCCAAUAAUGUAUCAAAUAAUAUUAUGAUGAUUUCCACACCAAUCAUUUCUUCAGCACAACAACAACAACAACAAGUACCACCACCACAACAAACUACAACAACAACAACAGCAACAGCAACAGCAAUAACGCCAACACCUAUUACAACAUCACAAUCAACAUCAUCCUCAAUGUUAAAUUUACCAUUAAAAGUUGGUAAAGAAUCUAUUGAAACAUUGUUUAGGAAUAGAUUUCAUCCAAAAAAUAAUAUUAGAGAAACUGUUUUAUCAUCAUUACAAAGUAUAUUAAUACCUGAUCUAUCGGAUACUAUUAAUAAUACAAAAGAGAAUAUCGAAUAUUUUUAUAAUAUGAUCAUUGAUGAAAAUAAUUAUAUUCUAAAGUUAUUAUUAUUAAAUAUAAUAAAUGAUACAAAAAGAAAUUUAGUAGUUUAUAAUUAUAAUCAACAACAUCAAUUACCAAUUCAAAAUACAUCAUCACCAAAUACUCCAUCAUCAACAACAACAACAACAACUACAUCAACUAAACCAUCUAAAAGAGGAGAUAAAGAAAGAGAAAGAGGUAGAAGAAAUAAAGAUAAGAUUAAUGAAAAACAAUUACAACAACAGCAAUUACAACAAUUACAAUUACAACAACAAUUAGAUCAUGAAGGUUCUUCACUUUAUUUACCAUUUUCAAGUUUAUUAUCUUUUAUUAAACCUGAUAAACAACAACAACCACAACAAUCACAACAAUCACAAUUAAAUGAAAUUGAUCAAAUGGUUAGACCAAAAUCAUUACCAAAAGAUGAUAAUGAUAGUGAUAAUUUUAAUAUUAGAGUUUUGGAGUAUAAUUUAAAGUUAUUGAUAAAGAUUUAUUUCAAGGUAUCAAUGUACCAAGAUUCAAUUAAAACUCAUAUCUUUGAUUUAUAUAUACAAAUUAAUCAAGCAAUCUCUGAACAACAAAGACAAUUACAAGAGAAAGAGAAAGAGAGUAAAACUUCAAAACCAAUACCACAACCAAUCAUUUCAUUGGUAAUUCCAACGGUAUUGGUAUCGAUUGGUGAUAUCAUAAAAUAUAAAUAUGCAACACCUUCACCACCAAAUCUAACACCAACAACAACUACUAAAAUGGAGGAAGAGGAAAGAAUCAUUAAUACUAUAUUAAUUAAUGAAUUUAAAAAAACUGAUGUUUCAAUCAUUGAGUCAAAUUUAUACCUUUUCGAAUGUAUUUUAUCAAUUAGUGUUAGUAAUGAACCAACAAUUGUAGUACCAAAUACAACAACUGCAACAACUGCAACAACUGCAACAACAUCAAAUACUUCUACAGCAGCAGCUGCAACAACGACAACACCAACACUAUCAACAUCUUCUUCAUCAUUAUCACCACCAGCAUCAACACAAUCAUCAUUAUCAUUAUCAUCAUCAUCAUCAGCAGUGAUAGCACCAACAACAGUAGGUUAUAUUUUCAAAUUUAAUAAAGAAUUAUUUAGAAAGUUAAUAGCAUUAGUUUAUUCUACAGUAGUUCAACAUCAAAUAACCUUAUCUACUGUAUUUACAACAUUGGUUUUAAAAGGUUAUUUAAAUGAGGAUCAAAUUCAAAAAUUAUUAAAUAUUACAUUAUUUAAAUUAUCAGAUCCAAGUGAACAAGUUAAAUUAAGUUAUUUAACAUUAUUAAGUAAGAUGGUAUCAUAUUUCGAUUUAAACCAUCAAAAGAAUUUAAAUCAUAAAGUUAAUGACAUAUCAUUACCUUAUAAACUAUUGAUAAUGGGAUCAACAAGUCAACCAUUUUUUAAUGGUCAAAUUUUUAAAAAGAUAUUUGAUUGGAUCAUGGGAAUUGGUAAAGAUCAACCAUCUUUUGAUUCUUUAACAAAGUAUCUAAUCGAUUUAUUCGAUAGUUUUAAUGUAAUCUCAAUAUUAUUCAAUGAACAAAAUAAAAUAUUAUCACAACAAUAUUUAGCUGCUCAAUCAACUAUGAUAACUCCACCAUUAAGUUUACAUCAAAUUGAUGAUAGAAGAAAAUUUGAAACAUUAAUAUCAAAAUCUGAUGAAUUAAUUUGGUUUUGGACAGUUUGGGAAUGUAGUAAAUUUUGUAUUGCCAAUAGAUUGAAAUCACCAUAUGGUAGUGCAUUUCAAACGUUUGAAAUCUUUGAAAAGUUAUUAUUACAAUUGAAUAAGGAUAGAAGGGAUUUUAAAAAGAUAAAGAUUUUAUUACAUUUUAUGGAAUCUAUGGAGAAAUUAAUUUUCUCCACUGUUAAUGGAUCGGUUCUAGUACAAUCAUUAAACAAUAAGGAGACUCAAUUCUUUAGACAUAACGUUAGAGUUUGUGAAGAUUGGUUCUCUAGAAUUCGAGUAAAUCUAUUGAAAGCUAGUAUUCUAUCAAGUUCAACACCAGAUAUCAUUAGACAUGCUUCACUUAGAGUUCAAGAUAUUCAAGCUAAUAGAUUCGUUCUAGAUUCAAAUACAGCUCAUUUUGAAUUGGAAUUUUGUAUAUUACAUUUAGCAAAUGCCCUACAACAAUUAAAUGAAACUGAAUCAUUACAAGGUUUAUCAAAUUGGUCUGAUAUAAAUUUAAAUAAUAGUGAUAAUAAUAAUAAUAAUAAUAAUAAAAAUAAUAAUAAUAAUAAUAAUUCAACAUUCUUUAAUAAUGGUAAUAUUAAUAAAUAUACAUUAAAAUUACCAUGGAUGAAAGGUGUUAUAUUAAGAAGUAAACAAAAGUUUGAAGAAUCAAUUAGUUCAUUAUUGAGUGUACCACCAAUGUUGGAAUCAAAUUCAAUAUCAUUUCCAUUCGUAUUGGAACAAAUUAUUAAAUCUUAUUUAGAUAUUUCAAAUUUUACAGAGGUUGAACAAUUUUUACAAAAUUAUCAAAAUCAAAUUCAACAACAAUCAAAUUCUUUAAUAAUCUAUAAAGAUACAUUCAUUAAAACUUUGGGUUCAUUCUAUCGUGGUGAAAUGGAAGAAGCUCAUGCUUUUGCAAAGAGAACUGAAUCUCAAAAUCAUAUAUUACAAAGAGAACAAUUAGGUUUAGGUUUAUUAGGUAAUCAAAUUAUGACUGAUGAAUUAUUAUUAUCAAUUAUGGUUAAUCAAAAAGAUUUAUUUAAUAAUACAAAUAUUAUUAAUAAUAAUAAUAGUGGUGGCAGUAGUAGUGGUACAGCAACAGCAACAGCAGUAACAACAACAACAACAACAACAACAACAACAACAACAACAACAACAACAACAACAAAUACAAAUAAUGAUAUUAUUGGAUUUAGUAAUAAUAUUAAUAGUAUGUUAAAACUAACAAAGAAUAAUAUAUUAAAAGCAUUAAAUUAUUUAGGAUUAGAAUCAAAUGUUCAAACAUUUCAAUAUUUAACACAAUUGAAAAUUAUGGAUGAAAUUGAAAAUGGUGUUUAUAAUAGUAGAGUGGUACCAAUUAAUAAUCAAAUUGGAUUCUUGGAGAGAUUAAGAAGAGUUAGAGGUCAUAUUUCAAAUACUAAACAACGUUCUGAUAUUCUUCUAAGUAAUAUACCAUUGACUGAAAAAAUGAUUAAACUAUCAAGAAAAUUUGAAAAUUAUAAAUUUAGUUCAAAAUUAUUAGAUACAAUUUUAGAAUCUCAUUCAUCUUCCUAUUAUUUAGAACGUUGUAAAUUAAAAUAUUUAAAUGGUAAACAAACUGAAGCAACUUUAGAUUUAAUUAAAUAUGCACAUCGUGAUAUAACAAUACCAUCAUCAUCGACAACAACAACGACAACGACGACAACAACAACACCACCAUCAACAUCAUCAAAUACUGCUACAACAACAAAUAAUAUAAAUAUUGAUGAAUUAUCAACACAAAAAUUUAAAGUUUAUACAGAAAUUAUUAAAUAUUUAAAUUCAAAUCCAUCAAUUAUUACAGAAUUAUCAUCAUCAAACUAUUCUAUACCUCAAGAACAAUUAAAUCCAGAAUAUUAUUUUAAGAAAGCAACUUUAACUAAACCUGAGAAUUCAAAAUUAUGGAUAACCUAUGCUGAUUGGAUUUUAAAUGAAAAAAGUAAUAUAUCUGAACAAAAUGAUGAAGAAUCAUUAAAUGGUGGUGGUAGUGGUGGUAAUGAAAAUUCAUCAAAUGAAAUGUUAAGACUUAAAAAUACAAAUACUAAUGAACUAAAAACAGCAGUUGAAGCAUAUUUCCAAUUUUUAAAGUAUAGUAUGUUGGAUGGUAAUAGUAAUGGUGGUUUAAAUAUUAGGGCAACACUUAAAAUAUUGAAUAUUUUAGUUUGUUCAGGUAAUAAAUUGGUUGAAACAUUUGAAAGAUGUCUAAAUGAAUUAACUUCAACUCGUCCUUUCACAAUUAUUAUACCACAAUUAUUUGCAAGAUUAAGUCAUCCCGAUACAUUUGUUCAAAAAUAUGUUGUUGAAAUUUUAAAUAGAAUUGGUAGAGAUAAUCCAAAUAAAAUAGUUUAUCAAACUAUUGUUGGUUCUUUAAAUUUUACAAAUACAAAUAAUAAUAAUAAUAGUUCUUGUGCUGCUGCCACUACUGAUGAUGGUUUAGAUAUUGAAUUAUUACAAAAACAAUAUCCAAAUUAUUUACAAAUUUUAAAUAUUAAAGAGAAUCUAUUAAAACAUUCAGAAUUAUUAGUAAAAGAGACAGAGACACUCAUUUAUCAAUUAGGUAAACUUACAACAUUGUGGGAUGAUAAUUGGCAAUAUUUCAUUGAACAAAUUCAAGGUUGGGUCUAUAUUAAUACUAAACAAUGGAAUGAUGACUAUCAACAAUUGAAAGCCACAAUAAAGAAUCCAACCAUACUAAAACAUACUCUAAAGAAAAAGAAUCAGGAAUUACUUCAACCAAUUUAUGAAAAGUUAAAACGUUUAACUGCUGCCACCGUUUUAUCAGUUUGUAAAACUCCACAUGAAAAAUGGUUUACCAAAUGUCAUUUCGAAACUAUAAACAAAACAAUACGUGCAUUUGAAAAACAAAAUAAACCAACCUCUCCAUUCGAUGUACUUCAUGAUUUAAUAGCUGAAUUUCAACAAUAUCGUUUAAUUUCUUUAAGUUUAUCAUCAGUUAAUCCAUCAUUAGCUUUAUUUAGACCAACUAUAACUCAAAUGCCUGGUACUGAUUUAAAUUAUUUUAAUAUUAAUCAUAUUCAUCAUCAUCAUCAUCAUCAUAACCAUCAUGGUAAUAAUAAUAAUCAACAUUCAACAUCAAGUGGUAAUUUACCAAUUCAAAAUCAAGUUACAAUUCAAUUAAUUAAACCAACCAUUUAUUUAUUACCAACAAAAACUAAGCCAAAGAAAAUGGCAAUGCUUGGUAGUGAUGGUAAUCUUUAUUAUUAUCUUUUGAAAGGUCGUGAAGAUUUACAUUUGGAUGAAAGAAUUAUGCAAUUAUUAAAUGUUGUCGAUCAAUUAUUAAUGAAUGAUAAAAAACCAACUUUAAAACUAUUGAGAACUAGAAAUUAUUCAGUUAUACCUCUAUCUCAAAGUUCUGGUUUAAUUCAAUGGGUUGAAGGUGCUGUACCAUUAUUUUCAAUUUAUAAAAAUUGGUAUAAAAAUGAUCAAGUUUAUAAACAACAACAACAGCAACAACAACAAUUACAACAGCAACAACAGCAACAACAACAACAACAACAACAACAACCACAACCACAACAACAACCACAACAACAACCACAACAACAACCACAACAACAACCACAACCACAACAAAACUCAACUACAACUUCAAAUAUAGUAAAUAAACCAAUUAUAGCUAGACCAGUUGAUAUAUUCUAUGCAAAGAUUACACCAUUAUUAGAAAAGGCUGGAUUAAAUUUCAUGACACCAAGAUCAGAAUGGCCAAAAGAAAUAUUAAUUCAAGUACUCAAUGAACUAAUGCAAGAAACUCCAAAAUGGAUUCUACAAAGGGAGUUAUGGUUUUCAAGUAGCUCUUCAUCAGAGUUAUUCUUAAAAACUCAAAGUUAUAGUAGAUCUUUAGCAUUGAUGUCAGUGAUUGGUUAUAUGAUAGGUUUAGGUGAUAGACAUUUAGAUAAUAUUUUAUUAGAUUUGAAAACUGGUGAAAUCGUUCAUAUCGAUUAUAAUAUUUGUUUUGAAAAAGGUGCUGAAUUGAAAAUACCAGAGAGAGUACCAUUUAGAAUGACCCAAAUCUUUGAAUAUGCCUUAGGUUUAACUGGUGUUCAAGGAACUUUUAGAGAAACAAGUAUACAAAUUAUGCAUUUGUUACGUAAAAAUAAAGAUAUCCUAUUAAAUUUAUUGGAAACUUUUAUUUAUGACCCACUAUUUGAUUGGAAACAUUCAAAUAAACAAACAAAUAAUAAUAAUAAUAAUAAUAAUAACAAUAAUAUGAAUCAAGCAGCUGGUGAACAAGAAUCUAUAGAAAAGAAACAAUCUUCAAAUAAUUCAAGUAAUCCUAUAAUUUCAACACCAACAAAAUUACAACAACAACAAAAAUUGCCAAAUAGCCCAUUAUCAAUUUCUUCAAAUAAUACCAAUUCCACUAAUAAUAAUAAUAAUAAUAAUAAUAAUAAUAAUAAUAAUAAUAAUAAUAAUAAUAAUAAUAAUAAUAAAGAUCAAGAUAGUGAUUCAAGUCAAAGUCAAGAAGAUGAAGAUAAUAAUGUUGUUGAAGGUGAAGGAGGUGAAGGAGGUGAAGGUGAUAUUGAUGAAUUGAAUUUAGUUCAAGAUUCCUCAAAUGGAAAGGAUGCAUUUAAGAGUAUCCAAGGUUUAACUGUUGUCAACCAAGUGAGACUAAAAUUAGAAGGUACAGAAAAGAAACUAUCAAUUCCAGAUCAAAUUGAUCUUAUUAUAAGAGAAUCCAUGAAUGUUGAAAAUCUAUCCUCCACUUAUGAAGGUUGGUCUCCAUGGGUCUAA